AUGUCUGAGCCCUUAGAGUCUCUCCUGAAAUAUGAUACUCCGGUUCUCGCUAACCAAGGCAGUGUUAGAAAAUCAGUAAAGGGACGUCCAUUUAAAGUGAGCCAGCACCAGCCUGUGGACUCCCCUGUGCCCCCUCCCCCUAAAAGCAAACCACCUGAUGGCAGCAAGCAGCAAAACGAAGAAAUCCUCCAUGUUAUGUUCACACCCAGGGAGUGGACGGAUGGCAAUCAGGUGUGGCAGCAGCGAGUGUCCACUGCACCGUGCACGCGAGCCGAUGUCCUCAACCUGGAGGAGCUUCUGGACAGGAAACUGCAGAAGAGGCGCGCCUUGGAAACGGGCAUCUGCCCCAUCCGCAGGGAGCUCUACUCGCAGUGCUUUGAGGAGCUCAUCCGACAGGUGACCAUCAACUGUGCAGAGAGGGGCCUCCUGCUGCUUCGGGUCCGAGAUGAGAUCCAAAUGACCAUCUCAGCCUACCAAACGCUGUACGAGAGCAGUGUGGUGUUUGGCAUGAGGAAAGCUCUGCAGGCCGAGCAGGGCAAGGUGGACAUGCAACAAAAAAUUCAGGAUUUGGAGAGCGAGAUACAGGAUCUAAGCCGUCAACUAAAUGAAAAAAAAGUAGAGUGUAUUGCGACUGAGAAGAGGGAAGAGGAAAAGCGUGAAGCGCAGGAAAAGAAGUACAUGGAGCAGGUUCACUUUCUGAAGAGAACCAAUCAGCAGCUCAAGGUGAGGAUAGAAAAAUAAUAUAUAUAAACGAUACAAUUAGCA